CCGGCCCGGCCCGCUUCACCCGGAGCCGAGCACAGUAGCAGGGGCUGCCCAGGAGCCCUCUGUGGCCUUCCUCUCAACCAGCCCCGCUUUUUGCUUAUUUCCCUGCUUUUCCAUUUUUCCUCGUUAACAGCAUACUGACCGGGCGUUUGGCAAAAGUCAGACUAAAAAGCAGAGAAAAAGAAAAAAAAAAAAAUUGGACGCACCUGCCGCUGUCCUCCAGAGUUUGUGAAGGUCCGAAACCAUGUCUGAGACGGGGGAGAUAAGUGAAUUUGGCUACAUCAUGGAAUUGCUAGCCAGAGGAAAGGUUACCAUUAAGAAUAUCGAAAGAGAGCUCAUUUGCCCAGCAUGCAAGGAGCUGUUUACCCAUCCAUUGAUUCUCCCUUGUCAACACAGUAUCUGUCAUAAGUGUGUGAAAGAGCUCUUACUGACACUUGAUGAUUCAUUCAAUGACGUGGGAUCAGACAACUCCAAUCAGAGCAGUCCUCGACUUUGGCUCCACUCCCCCAGCCUGGAUAAAGUCGACAGGAUUAACAGACCAGGCUGGAAGCGCAAUUCCUUGACCCCGAGGACAACUGUUUUUCCUUGCCCUGGCUGUGAGCAUGACGUGGAUCUUGGAGAACGAGGAAUCAAUGGUCUCUUUCGAAAUUUUACUUUGGAAACUAUUGUCGAGAAAUAUCGGCAGGCAGCCAGGGCAGCCACAGCCAUUAUGUGUGACCUUUGUAAACCACCACCUCAAGAAUCCACAAAAAGUUGCAUGGACUGUAGUGCAAGCUACUGCAAUGAAUGCUUCAAAAUUUAUCAUCCCUGGGGUACUGUAAAAGCUCAGCAUGAGUUUGUGGGCCCAACCACUAACUUUAGACCCAAGAUUUUAAUGUGCCCAGAACAUGAAACAGAGAGAAUAAACAUGUACUGUGAGUUAUGUAGGAGGCCAGUUUGCCAUCUCUGUAAGCUGGGUGGUGAUCAUGCCAAUCACCGGGUAACCACUAUGAGCAAUGCCUACAAAACCUUAAAGGAAAAGCUUUCAAAGGAUAUUGAUUACCUUAUUGGCAAGGAGAGCCAGGUGAAGAGGCAAAUUUCUGAACUAAACUUGUUAAUGAAAGAGACAGAGUGUAAUGGAGAGAGGGCUAAAGAAGAAGCAAUCACACAUUUUGAAAAGCUCUUUGAAAUUCUAGAAGAGAGGAAAUCAUCUGUUUUGAAAGCAAUCGAUGCUUCAAAGAAACUCAGAUUAGACAAAUUUCAGACUCAAGUGGAAGAAUAUCAGGGGCUUCUAGAGAACAAUGGACUCGUGGGAUAUGCCCAAGAAGUGCUUAAGGAGACGGAUCAGUCUUGCUUCGUACAGACGGCCAAACAACUCCACCUCAGAAUCCAGAAAGCUACGGAAUCUUUGAAAAGCUUUAGACCUGCGGCUCAGACUUCUUUUGAAGACUAUGUUGUUGAUACAUCUAAACAAAUAGAAGUUCUUGGAGAAUUGUCCUUUUUCUCUAGUGGCAUAGAUGUGCCAGAGAUCAAUGAGGAACAGAGCAAAGCUUAUAACAAUGCUUUUAUAAAUUGGCACCAUCCAGAAAAGGACAGAGCCGAUAGCUAUGUCCUCGAGUAUCGGAAGAUUAAUAGAGAUGAAGAAAUGCUGUCUUGGAAUGAGAUAGAAGUUUGUGGCACAAGUAAAGUUAUUUCAGAACUUGAGAGUAACUGUAAAUAUGCUUUCCGAGUAAGAGCCUACAAGGGUUCAGUGUGCAGUCCUUGCAGCAGAGAAUUGAUUCUUCAUACUCCUCCGGCUCCAGUUUUCAGUUUCCUCUUUGAUGAAAAAUGUGGCUAUAAUAAUGAACACCUCGCGCUGAGCUUGAAGAGAGACCGUGUAGAGAGUAGAGCUGGAUUUAAUCUUCUGCUUGCCGCAGAACGAAUCCAAGUGGGUUGUUACACGAGUUUAGACUACAUCAUUGGAGAUGUUGGAAUUACGAAAGGGAAGCACUUUUGGGCCUUUCGUGUGGAACCAUAUUCGUACCUGGUGAAAGCGGGAGUUGCUUCCAGUGACAAACUACAAGAAUGGCUCCGUUCUCCCCGGGAUGCCGUCAGUCCAAGGUAUGAGCAAGACAGUGGGCAUGACAGUGGAAGUGAAGAUGCCUCUUUCGAUUCUUCACAACCCUUUACAUUAGUUACUAUAGGCAUGAAGAAAUUUUUUAUACCCAAGUCACCUACUUCUUCUAAUGAACCCGAAAAUAGAGUUCUUCCCAUGCCAACAAGUAUAGGGGUUUUCCUGGACUACGAUAAAGGCAAGGUGAGCUUCUACGACAUGGAUCACAUGAAAUGCCUUUACGAGCGCCAGGUGGACUGUUCGCACACCAUGUACCCAGCGUUUGCGUUAAUGGGCAGUGGAGGAAUUCAACUUGAAGAACUCAUCACAGCAAAAUAUCUAGAAUACCAAAAGGACAUGUAGUUUAAGCAUCUGAUGUGACUUAGCGUGGAAAAUGUAAGCAAAAUAAUGCCUUGGUGUUAACCUCUGUAACUAAUUACAUAUCAUCUGAGUAUUCUGUCGCCACACUUGUCUUUUGUGUGUUUCUUCUUCAGAGACAGAAAACCUCUACACGGCCUUACCUCUUCCAUGUCGCUUUUCUUUCUGCCUUUCCCAAACAGUUAACGCGGGUGUGUCUUUCUUUUUUGUGAACAGGAAACCUAAUUUAUUUGUGUUAGCUGGUGUUGUUGAUGGUUACGUUCCUUUUGUGGGGGGAAUGCAUACAAAUGUAUUUAUUAAGCUUUUGUGGUUGGUUUUUCAUUUUUAUAUCAUGUUUAUUCCUAAGAUGUUUUAUAAAUGCCUUAUGGAUAGAAAUUAGUACUAAGCGUUGUGUCUUGUAUUUGUUUUUGAAAGGGAAAGAAAGGUACAGAUAAGGAAAAAGGCCAUAGAAAUGGUAAUAUAUUUAAAUGGAAAAUUAUGUAUUUUGAGAUGUGUAACAAAUAUUAAGAAUAUAUUGCCUGGAAAGUAAGCACUGCUGUUCUUUUUCUUUUCUUUUUUUUUUUUUUUAACACAAACUGUAUUCUUGAAGACAUUUAAAAGCAUUUUCUUAGCUGUGAUGUCCCUUCUUGCAGGAAACACAAAGUUAGUGGUAAACACAUUAAGCUCUUCAUUUUACUUUAUUUUUUUUUAGAUUUUAUUUAUUUAUCUUUAGAGGGGAAGGGAAGGAGAGAGGGAGAGAAACAUCAAUGUAUGGUUGCCUUUCAUGCAUCCCCUGCUGGGAACUGGCCUGCAGGGAACUGGCCUGCAACCCCAGUAUGUGCCCUGAUUGGGAAUCGAACCGUGAUUGUCUGGUUCGCAAGCCCGUGCUCAAUCCACUGAGCUACACCAGCCAGAGCUUAUUUUAUUUUUUCAGAAAAACUUGUCUUUAGGUUUUCUUAGUUGCUUUAUGAAAAUAUUUGCACUUAAUUGUUUUUCAGAACUAUUAGUGGAGAUACAUUGAUAUUUGUCAUGUUUUUUUAUCCCGUCUUAAGAUUUUCAUUUUUUUUGCACACAUAUUACAUAUUUGAUUUUCCUGGUUUAUGUUUACAUUUUUUAAAAGUUCAUGAUCUAUUUUUAGUGUAAUUAAAUAUAUUAUAAAAUGUGGAAUGACUAACUGGUCAGCUGUGUGGCAUUUUCUGCGGCUCAUUGAUUGGUAAUGAGCAUUGGAAAUAAUAAGUAAAAGUACAAAUUUAAUUACUUAAAAGCAAUAACUAAAAUCAUGACUGUGUUUCUUAAUGUAAAGAAUUCCUUUUAUCUAAAUUUUAUGUUCAUUUUUUAAAAGAUUUUAUGUAUUUAUUUUUAGAGAGGGGACAGGAGGGGGGGAGAGAGAGGGAGAGAGAAACAUCAGUGUGUGGUUGCCUCUCACGUGGCCCCCACUGGGGACCUGGCCCACAACCCAGGCAUGUGCCCUGACUGGGAAUCGAACCUGUGAUCCUUUGGUUCACAGCCUGCGUUCAGUCCUCUGAGCUACUCCAUCCAGGGCUUAUGUUCAUUUUUGUGACAUGUUUUUUCUUAGGUCGUUUUUAGACCUGUUGGUUUUUUUAAGAUAAAAUGGUAGCAACUGGACUCACACAUUUUAGCCCUCAUCAUUAGGAACGCUUUUGGCACAUUGAUAGACAACAAACGCUCUUAGGCCUUUUUUUUUAACUAUACGUUUUUAAUAGAAAUCUCUUAUUCAGGUCAGUAGCACACAGUUAGUCCUCUACCCGGCACUGCAUUCACAAAACCCAAAUAGAAAGUACCGUGGGGAAUUCAGUACGGAGUAGGCUUGGCUACUCUCCACCAGUGAGGAGCACUUUACAACAUGUUACGUGGAUCCUGGUGCAAUAAAACUGCUGAGGUCACAUGUGAAGUGAAGUUCGAUAGUCUCAAGCCUGGGAAAGCACAUACUAUGUAGACAGUUUACAUAAAAGGCUUUAGCAGGAAUAGGAAAGCUGUUUAAAACGUUGUAUAGUUGUAUAUAAAUCA